UAUCCAACGUGUUGAAUCGUGUGCGAUGUUUUUUUGCAAAAAUAAAUUAAUUAUUGUAUGAAUUAUUAAUUGUAAUUAAUUCUAAGGAAUAUAACAAUUAUUAGUACAUGUUUCAUGAUUUAAAUAAAUUCUAAAAUUUUUGUAUGUCAAUACAUUUAUACGACUUUGUUGAACAUCUCAACGUUGAAUCUCUCGUUCAGCACAAUAGGUUAUAAGUAACUUGCAGAGACAUGAUUUAAAAUAAUAAAAAAAUUAGCUCGAGUCAUAUUUAUAAAAAAUGUUUAGCUUGCAUCAUGGACACUUACGGUCAUGUGCAUUGAAUUUAUUUAAAAAACGAUGUUCACUUCGGUUUACAUCUCAUAAAGGUGCUUAUGAUGGUGAUGGAAAAACAACUGUAACAAUAUUAAACAAAGAUUGGAAUUAUGGGUUAAUGGUCGACUCUCUCAGUGUUUUAGGAUUCUCAUUAAAUAUUGGAGUUAAAAUAGUUGGGCCAAUGAUACUUUUUCCAAAAACUGUACUUGGAUGGAAUUUAAGAACUCCAAAUGAUAUUAAUGAAGAUUCUCUUGUAUUAUUCAAAAUCUUGGAGCCAAGACCAGAUAUUUUAGUAUUAGGUUUAGAUAGGGAAUAUCCCCGUCAUGAACCUUUUAUUGUGAAUUUUCAAAAAGUAGUCAAAAAGAUGGGUAUGAGUUAUGAAAUAUUACCAGUGGAAAAAGCCUGUCACACUUUUAACUUUUUAAAUGCAGAAAGUAGAUAUGUCGUGGGUUUGUUUUUACCACCAAGACAAAUUGAACAUAUUGAUCAUGUUCUAAUACAAAAGCGAUCUACUCAAGAAGUAUUAGAUCAACAAUAUCGAAAUCCAUUCUUUGAGCCUGAUGAUUACAAAAAACAGUUAAAUGAAUGAUUUUAUCUAGUUGAUAAUUAGAAUUAAAAAAAAA